UCAUUCUUUUGGAGGAGAGAGAACAAGCGUGUGUAGCCGUCACCGUACAAAGUCAAGAACUUUCACGAGAGUCAGUCACCAUCAAAUGAAUGCUCAACUCACUAAAAAUGGACGUUCGGAAAUUGCCCAUGCCGGAUCCCACCCCUUUCUCUCUAUCUCUGUCCCAAUACUUUACGACAAACACUGGAGCGCGUGCGGCGCGUGAGGUUUAUUACUGUUGUGUUGGAGGGACCCAACAAGAUCUCGUCAAUGGAGUGUGUCUAGGCAAGGCAAACUUUUAACUUCAUUUGCUCGACUAGUCCAGCUUCGGGAACUAGGUAUCUAUCUUUCAUCAGCUGGAAUCCUCUUCAUUAUAGACUCUUCUAGAUUUCUCUCUUAUCACUCUUCUUCUUAUUAAAGAUUCCUUUUUUAUUUGAGUAAUAAUCAUACCAACCUUGUUGUUGUUGUACUAGUUUUUGUUUUCUUUCUUUAAAAAGGGAAGAAAAAAAACUCAUUUUCAACCAAAAUCCUUGAACCCCAUUACACAAUAUUAUGAUUUGUCAAUUGGGUUCGUGUGAAAAUCCAUGGAGGAUAAUGAAUAUUACUCCUCCCCAGAUCUUGAUGAAGAGACCUACUUCAUUGAAAAAAUCUCUCCUUUACUCAAAACCAGUUCAUUGUUAUCAUCACCAUCAUCCUCAGAACCCAAAAAUCACUACUUUCUCUUCUUCAACCAAAUUUUUUCAUAGGAGAAAUGAACAGAGAAGUGGGGCUUUGGUGGGUGGCCCUGAGAUGUUGGAUUUGUGUGGACUUGGGUAUUGGGUUCAGGGGUUUAGGUGUUUUCCAUGGUUGGCUUUGAAUUUUCAUUUGACUCAUAAUCUCAACUUGCAUCCCUCUACUCUACAGCUUGUUCAAAACUCUGGUAAUCUUCCUAUGGUGGCCAAACCUCUUUAUGGGAUCUUAUCUGAUGCUUUUUACAUCAAUGGUGCUCGUAGAAUACCUUAUAUAUCUAUUGGAGUUGUUUUGCAGAUUUUGUCAUGGGGUUCACUUGCAUUGAUACCUGUUGCUGGUCAAUCACUUCUUACAGUUAUGACAGUUGUUCUUCUCAGUAAUUUUGGAGCAUCAAUUACAGAAGUUGCAAAGGAUGCUCUUGUUGCUGAAUAUGGUCAAAAACACAAUUUGAAUGGUCUUCAAUCUUAUGCUUUAAUGGCUUCAGCUGCUGGUGGAAUACUUGGUAACUUACUAGGUGGAUAUUUCUUAAUGAAAGUGCCACCUAGAUCCAUGUUUCUUCUAUUCACAGUUUUGCUUUCCAUUCAAUUCGGGUUUUCGUUAAGAACAAGUGAGGAAUCUCUAGGCUUAGGAAAAUUGCCAGAUACCAAACUUGUGGAAAAAUCAAUUCUUGAUAGCAUUAGAACACAGUUUUCUGAGUUAAGAAUCGCGAUUAGCAAUGAGAGUGUUUACCGCCCUCUCGUUUGGAUAAUAGCUUCUAUUGUUUCGGUUCCAAGUCUGUCAGGAUCAAUCUUUUGCUACCAAACACAAUGUUUAAAUCUUGACCCUUCAAUCAUUGGCUUGUCAAGAGUAGUUGGUCAGUUAUUGCUUCUCUCAAUGACUGUUCUUUAUAACCGAUAUUGGAGAGAAAUUCCCAUGAGGAAUUUGGUUAGUGCAGUUCAAAUUCUUUAUGCUGGUUCUGUUCUUCUUGAUCUUAUUUUGAUGAAACAGAUUAAUCUCAACAUGGGAAUUCCAAAUGACAUCUUUGCUCUUAUUUUCUCUGGACUAACCGAAACCAUUGCACAAUUCAAGCUGUUACCUUUCUUAGUACUAUUUGCUAGUUCAUGUCCACCAGGUUGUGAAGGGUCACUUACUUCAUUCUUAGCAUCAGCUCUUUGCUUAUCAUCAAUAAUAAGUGGUUGUUUGGGCAUUGGAUUAGCUCUCAUGCUUGGAAUAACAUCAAGUGAUUAUUCAAGGCUGCCUUUGGGGAUAUCAGUACAGUUCAUUGCAGCUAUGGCUCCUUUGUUGUGGACUCAUUAUUUGCCUAUCUCACAAGGAAGUGUUGAGAAGGAGAAGAAGAAGGGUAUGAGUAAAAGAACUCGGCGAAUCAGAAGAAUUGGAAGAGUUGUUCUUGGUUCAAUCUAUGUUUACCGACGCGGAAGAGAAUCCGAGAUGCAGAGUUGAAAGAGAAGAAGAGUUCUAAUGGGAAGAGUAUUUGAGAUGAGGCUUGGGAAAUUUUCCUUCAUUAUCUUGAGCUGAUGAGUCACACAAGGCCUUCCCUACUAUUUCUCCCUUGAGUGAAUUUAAGAUGAAGUAUUUGUUUUGUGUGAGGUGAGGUGAGGUCAUUUGAUUCAUCCUUGUAAAAAUGAUUUUGAGAUUGCCUUUGAUCUUGUAAAUAGUAUAUUGUAUAUCAUGAAAUUUGAACAUUGAAUUUGGAUUCAAAUUUGCAUC